AUGGCCAAAGGUGGAUGCUCUGAAAUUUAUACAGCAGCAUAUCAAUUACAAUAUUUUAUUAAGAAAAGCACUAAAUUUUAUGGAAAAAAAUUAACUUUAGAAGAACAUGAAUGUCAAAAAAUGUUUGAAUUAGAAGAAAAAAAAUUAACUCAACAAUACGAGUUAGAAAAGAGUAAAUUGGAAAUAGAAAAAUUACGUGCUGAAAAUGGAAAAGUUAAAUUAGCAGCUAAGAAAAAUUGGAAUAACGGUACAUCUAAAGGAGGAUCAAUGCAUGAUAAACAAAAGAUGGAUAAUAAUGAAGAUAUUAAAGCGGAAUUAACAAAAAUCACUAAUAAAGAAAUGCGGCACAGUAAAACAUAUUAUAAUGAUUAUAGGGGAAUCAGUGGUUCUUUUUAG